AUGUUAAGAUUAUUUUAUAAGCUUCGGCAAUUUUAAUUUUCUACUACAUAAUUUGAUCCUUAUGUUGAAUUAGGUCUCAAUUCUACAGCUACUAUAUAGGAAAUCAAGGAUGCUUAUAUUAGAUUAAGCAAAUAAUGUAUAAAAUUUAGUUAUUCUUUAAGAUCAUCCUGAUAUUAAUUAAUCACAUGAUUCUCAUGAAAAAUUUAAAAGAAUAGCUGAAGCAUAUAAUAUUCUUAAGAAGGCUAAAUUUGAAGAGUAAUUAAAAGAAGAGUUUAAAUAAUAUUACUAUUCUGCUUAAUCUGAAGAAUAAUUAUUUUAGGAAGUAUUCGGCUUCUAUUUUCAUGAAAAACCUUAAGAAUACUAUAAACCUGAGAAUGCAUAAAAAAGACAUUAAUAUUAGGAGAUGCUAAAAAAAUUUAAGCAAUAAAAAAAUUCAACAUAUGAUCAUUAAACAGAUUCUAAAUAUCAAAAACAAGAUUUCUCUGAUAUAAAAAUAAAUAGGAAAUUUGAAGGUCAUCAAGGAACUAAAACUAAUCCAUAACAAAUAUAUACUUUAAUUGCUUUUUGUAGUAUAGCUAUGGGUGGUGUUGCUUUUUAUAUAACAAUGUUGAGAAAGGCUCCAGAAUUGUAAAAGGAAGUAAUUAAUAAUUAAUAAAUUAAAAUCUUAAGAUAAUAAACUUAAUUGAGACAUCAAUAAGAUAUAGAUAAUAUUAAAUAAAUGUAUUCUAAUAUUAAUCACACUAUGUUAUUAUUUGAUCCAAAAUGUAAUUCUCUUGAUAUGUUAUUCAAUUAUACAAUAUUUCCUGAUCUAGAAUUUUAUUAUGUAAGUCCAGAAUUAUUUUAUUAAGAUGAAAAAUACUUUUUGAAAUCAGAUUAAUUUGAAAAAAAUGCUAUGAGAAAAUCUAAAUUAAAUUAUAGAAUUACUCAUGCAAUAGAAGCAGAAAGAUGUUUAUAGAAUAUCUUUGUGCCUGUUGAAGAAGUCUUAAAUUAAAUAGAAAAAAAUGGAGAAUAUACACCUCCAGGUAUAUUUAUGUAAUUUUAUGGUUAUAUUUAUUUUAAAAUCAGACGCAAACCUAUAAUUGUUGAAAAUUUAAUCAAAUCAAAAGAAUAUAUAUCUCUCUUUGAUCUUUAUUUUUAUUACUAAACUCCUGUACCCUAUUAUUAUGAUACCUUAAAUGAAUUUUAAAUAUUCAAUGAUGCAGGUAAUACAUUAAGUCAUUGGGAAGGGAAUGUUUAUUUUAGUACUAAAUCAUUAGAUAGAUUUUACUUAAAAGGAAAUGUCAAGAAUAUUUUUAUGCAAAGACCCUAAUAAGAUAGCAAUACAGAAUAAAUGUAUAUGUUAGCAUGGGGAAAUCAUUUCGAACAUUUUUAAGUGUGA